CGCAGAGUGACGAAACAAAGGUAAUUGUGACUUCGCAAUACGCGAUAAGCAUUACAAGAACAUUUCAUUAUCAAUAAAUGAGCAAAUUCUGUGCCACUAUGGAUUCUGAGCGAGAAAAAUUUCGUACUUAUGUUGAGAAGUCUGGUGUGAUGUCUGCAUUGACAGAUGUUUUGGUACGCUUAUAUGAAGAACCUAAUAGACCCACAGAUGCUCUAACAUAUAUUAAAGAAACUCUUGGUUCUGCUGAAAUUGAUGCUCAUCGACUGCAGUCCUUGCAGAAUAAGGUCAAGGAACAGCAAAGCCAAAUUGAAUCUCACUUAACUACAAUUCAAGCUAAAGAAACUGAAAUUGCGUCUCUCAAGGCCCGUCUUGCUCAGUUGGAAAAGGAAAAAGAACAGCAACCAGAAAAAGUUCCUCCAGAGGGAAAUGCAGAGGGACCCAAAAGUGCGUAGUAAAUAACAUGAAAAUAAUGUUUUGUAAAAGCCAAUAACCAGUUUUAUAGGUUUUGGAAUUCAUAACAGUUAUACUUUAUGUAUAAUGUGCUAAAUAAUAGUGAUAGGUAAAUAUUUAUAGGUUUCAUAUAUACAGAUAUGCUUUUAUACAGUAUUCUGUGCUUUGUCUUCAUUUUUACAAAAGUAUUGCAAUCAUAUUACAGUGUUUAUUGAGAAGAAUGUUUAAGCAGUUUAGUUUAAGAUUGAAAGUGCUUUUUGUUAUAUCAGUAUAAAUAAAGCAUUAUUUGGUA